AUGGCCAGCACGACACUAUCACCACUCAUCAUCGUUGUAUCCGGUGGUGGACCGGUUGGACUCACUUUUUCGCUUAAUAUUGCCGGGAUGAUGGGUGAACAUGUCAAAAUUAUUAUUUAUGAGGGCCGAUGGUUUGUUGAUGAACAUGAUAUUACUCGUUGGCAAGGUGAAGAGCAGGGCAACAUUCGUCGUGAUCAAGUUGUUACUUUACAAGACCAUGUUAUUGAACAAAUGCCUACUUUUAUUCAAGAAGGUCUGUUCCAAAAUAUAAACGAACGUGUAUGGCCAACAUCAAGAAAUAUUCCAAUAAGAGAAGUUGAAGAUCGACUUCUUGAUCUAAUUCAACCGUUUGUUCAAAAUGGUCAAGUGGAAUUAAUUCCUGAACAGUUAAAUGAACAAUCUAGACAUUUGAUCGAAGGUGAUUUUGAUGUAUUAGUGGGUGCCGAUGGAUCGAAUUCGUUUGUUCGUCGUUACUAUAAUAUUCAAAUGAUCAGCGAAGGCAUCGAAUAUGCGUGUGGUGUAGCAUAUAAUAUACCUGAGGAUGUGCCACAAGUAGAUGAACCUCUUCAUCAAGCACUUAAUUGUAUAUUAACGAUCUCACAAACACGUUAUUUAGUAAACUCGUCAGCGAGCCGUCGAGGUUAUCUCAAUAUUCGUUUAAUUCAAAAUGAAUAUGAAGAGUUACGUGAAUGUCUGCAACCAUUUCAAAAUCGUAAUGCAUCUUUAAAUUUAUUAGAUUAUGACAAAUGUCCAUGUUCACCUGUAUGGUCAAUUGUUCGACAAGGAUUGGACUUUUUUAAAAUAUCUGCAAAGUAUGUUAUUCGUGUUGUACCAAUCGAGAUUAAUGUUCGACAUGCAUCAAUUGUCGUUCGAGAACUUCGUUUUGAAAUUAACAAAACACAAUCAACAACAUCGACAACAGACAAUGUGAGUGGCAGUCAGAAGAAACAAUUUAAGACAAUGUUAGCAUGUCUUGCUGGUGAUGCGGCAAUGAAUGUACAUUUCUGGCCCGGUCGAGGUAUGAACAGUGGAAUGAAAGCAGCUAUGGCACUUGCUCGAAAUAUCCUUCGUACGUGUACAUCUACAAUAUCACCUUAUUCAAUCGAAGUUCGUACUCCACUUCGAUUCCUCGAUUUUCUCGAUUAUGAAGGUUUUAUGGCUCGUCUUAGAGCACGUGAGCAACAAGGCCGUUCAUUACGUAUUCUUAUGGAUCCGAUCGAUGCAAGUGUUGGAGAAGCUUAUACCUAUCCUCAUUUACAACCAUGUUAUAAAACAUAUACAAAGAACCUGUAUGAAAAGUUGAAAGAAACAAGAUUACGUCUGGAUCACCGAUCCGAUUGGCCUCAUCAAACAAGAUCAGUAACCGAUGAAGAAUUACAAUCUGCAUAUAAACGAAUUAAUCCUAAUGCUGUCGCUCAACUUUCAUUAGCUAAUCCAUGGCCAACACGAGAAAUGAGUGGUACUGAAGUUCUUGUCGAACAUACUUUUCCAUUCAAUCAGAAACAAUUUUUACCUAUACCAACAAUAGGAGAUGUUACUUCAGAUCGUCGAGGAGGUUUACUUGAACCAACGAUAGAAAAAGUCACUUUAGAUCGUCAACGAAGCAUUAUCAUUCAACAUCACUUUCUCAUUUUAUGGAUCACUGGUGACAAGAUGAAUAAAAAUACAAAGAAAAUUAUUGAUUCAAUUCAGACUUCUCCUAAAUUCACCGAUUCAUCAACAACAGCAACAGUGACAACAAAUCAGCCGCAGAAUUCAUCUAUGGGAAGUUUUCACGAACUAUAUGUAGUUCGUACUGUUAGAGAAGCUCAAAAGUGGAUAGCGAAGAAUCGUCAACGUUUAGAAACGCAUGACACUCUCUUCAAAGUGAUUACUGCAUGGUCGCUUAACAAAGAAAAAACGGCAGUAGAUGUAAUUCAAGCAGUUCGUGCUGAUACAUCACGUGUUCCCGUAUUAAUUUUUACGAAUACACCUGAACAAACACAACCAGCACUUCAAUUUCCAAAUGUUAAUGCUACUUAUGAAGUAUACGAUUUGUAUGAGUUUGUCGGUAUUAAUCAAGAGACACAGUGGAAUUCAGGCUGUCCUGUAUCACCUGUUGGGAACUCACUAUAUACUUCAGAGCAAAACAAAACAAAAUCUAACACAUUCAGACAAAAUGGAAUUAUUUGUGCAGGUGGAAAUGGAUAUGGAAAUCAAUUAAAUCAAGUCUCUUAUCCUCAAGGAAUCUUUAUAGAUCAUCACAACAAUAUUUUCAUUGCUGAUUAUUCGAAUCAUCGUAUUGUUGAGUGGAAAUGUCAUUCGAACAAAGGACAAAUCAUUGCUGGAGGAAAUGGUCAAGGAAACAGAAUUGAUCAGUUGUCUCAUCCAACAGAUGUUCUUGUUGAUAAACAAAAUAAUUCUUUGAUCAUUUCUGAUCGAGAAAAUAGACGAGUAAUCCGAUGUUUUCGUGAAAAUGAAGCAGAACCACAAAUUCUCAUUUCUGAUAUCGAUUGUUUUGGUCUGUCAAUGGAUAAAAAUGGAUCUAUUUAUGUUUCUGAUUCGAAGAAUAAUGAAGUGAGACGAAGGAAGGAAGGAGACGAAAGAGGAACAAUUGUUAUAGGUGGAAAUGGACAAGGAGAUCAUCGCAAUCAACUCAAUAACCCUAGUUUCAUCUUUGUUGGUAAAGAUGAUUCUCUUUAUGUAUCAGAUACUUUUAAUCAUCGCGUGAUGAAAUGGAGAAAAAAUGCAAAGGAAGGAAUUGUUGUUGCUGGUGGAAAUGGUAAAGGAAAUAGUCUCCAACAAUUGUCUCUUCCACAAGGAAUGAUGGUUGAUCAUUUGGGUCAAAUCUAUGUAACAGAUUAUGACAACCAUCGAGUGAUGCGUUGGUGUGAAGGAGAUGUAGAAGGUGAAAUUGUUGUUGGUGGAAAUGGAAGAGGAGAAGAAUUAAAUCAAUUGAAUUAUCCCAGUGGUUUAUCAUUUGAUGAUGAAGAGAAUCUUUAUGUUGCUGAUAGCGACAAUCAUCGAAUACUAAAAUAUGAAAAAUGUCCUGAUUAA